CCAAAAAUCACUUAGACAACAGAAGCACCCACCUGCUUCCCUUCUUAAAACUGAUUUUCGAGAAAUAUUAAAAAAAUGGGUCGUCGACGAGGCUAUGACCAUUCACAAGACCAGGACUCAAGUGGCCGUUCCAGAGCCAGGCCCACUCGCUCCGACUCGAUCUAUAUAGAUGGGGCACGCAAGGGCCGCCGGUUUGGCAGAGCCAACUCCUCCUGGGACGUCCCACCCGAGGGCUAUUCCCACCUGACCCCCCUGCAGUACAAGUCCAUGCAGGCCAGCGGCCAGAUAGCCUCACGCAUCCUGCCGGACCAGCAGCCCACGGCGGAGUCGGCCGCUAUUGCGAUGGUCACCCGCCAGGCGCGGCGGCUCUAUGUGGGCAACAUCCCCUUCGGCGUCACGGAAGAGGAGAUGAUGGACUUCUUCAACCAGCAGCUGGCAGCACUGGACAGCAGCUCCCUCAAGACGGACGGCAAGGCGGUGCUCACCUGCCAGACCAACCUGGAGAAGAACUUUGCGUUCCUGGAGUUCCGGUCCAUGGAUGAGGCCACCCAGGCCGUCAACUUCGACGGAGUCUCCUUCCGGGGCCAGACCCUGAAAAUCCGGAGACCCCACGACUACCACCCAGUGUCCAGCAUCAGCAGCUCCGAGAUGGCCUUCGCCACCACCACGAUAGCCUCGCCCUCGAUCAUGGUAAGCUCGACGAACCACGUGAUCGCCACCCUAGUGCCGGACUCGCCAAACAAGAUCUACAUCGGGGGGCUGCCGACGUGCCUCCUCGAGGAGCAGAUCAAGGAGCUGCUGCUUUCCUUCGGGCAGCUGAAGGGCUUCAACCUGGUCAAGGACUCCAACACUAGUCUGAGCAAAGGCUUCGCCUUCUUUGAGUACGUGGACCCCGAGGUGUCUGAUCAGGCCAUCGCCGGGCUCAACGGCAUGCAGCUGGGAGAUCGAAAGCUGGUGGUCCAGCGCUCCAUCGCCGGCGGCAGGAACUCGAUGGGCGUAACAUCUGCGGUCCUGCAGGUGCCCGGGCUAACCGCCAUCCCCAGCGCGUACUCGGCCACCGAGGUGCUGUGCCUGAUGAACAUGGUUCUGCCCGAGGAGCUGCUGGAUGACGAGGAGUACGAAGACAUCCGCAUGGACAUCCUGCUGGAGUGCGCCAAGUACGGGGACGUGCGCAGCCUCAAGAUCCCCCGGCCCAUUCCCAAAGAAGACACUCCAAAAUCGGGCUGUGGCAAGGUGUAUGUGCAGUUCGAGUCCGUGGACGACUGUCAGAAGGCCAUGCGGGCCCUGAGCGGGCGCAAGUUUAGUGGUCGCAUUGUGAUGACCUCCUUCUUUGACCCCGAGAAGUACCUGGCUGACGAUUUCAAAUAAUAAAUGGAGGAAUUUUA